UGCUUCCAGCCUAACAAAACGGCUCACGACGCCCGACUCGCUGCCGGGGUCGGGGGACCGACCUUCUCGACUGUGGACUCCCGAGCGACGAGAGGAAGCGGAAAAUAAAAUUAGUAAGCCAGCUUCGUCUCAACGGACGCGGCCCCCCCCUUCUUCAACGAGGGACGGAUCUGUGCUUCGAUUCUAGGGUUAAGGAUAUUUUGGGGGCCUUGAUCGAGUUUCUCAUCGUUCUUCCUCGUCGUCGAUGGCUGCUCCACAUGCUAGGGCUCGGGCCGACUACGAUUACCUCAUCAAGCUUCUCCUGAUCGGCGAUAGCGGUGUUGGUAAGAGUUGCCUUCUUUUGCGUUUCUCAGAUGGGUCUUUCACCACCAGUUUUAUCACUACAAUUGGCAUUGAUUUUAAGAUAAGAACCAUUGAGCUGGAUGGCAAACGGAUUAAACUGCAAAUCUGGGAUACAGCUGGGCAGGAACGAUUUCGAACAAUCACAACCGGUGGGUUAAUAUCUUCUUGGGUUGUCCUUGCUCAGUUGCUUUUUCUUGCUUUUCUACUGAUUUGUUGGUGUAAGUUUUAUCCCUUUGGUUUCUGUCUCUCUGCAGCUUACUAUCGUGGGGCCAUGGGUAUUUUGCUUGUUUAUGAUGUUACUGACGAAUCAUCUUUUAACAACAUAAGAAACUGGAUUCGGAACAUUGAACAGCAUGCUUCUGAUAAUGUAAACAAAAUUCUGGUGGGCAACAAGGCUGACAUGGAUGAGAGCAAACGAGCGGUGCCUACCUCCAGGGGACAAGCACUUGCUGAUGAAUAUGGCAUUAAAUUUUUUGAAACAAGUGCAAAGACAAAUCUAAAUGUGGAGCAGGUAUUCUUUUCCAUAGCUAGAGAUAUCAAGCAGAGGCUUGCAGAAACUGAUAACAAACCUGAGGAUCGGACAAUUAAGAUUAACAAACCAGACCUGGCAGCUGGUGAGGCUAAAGCUCCAGAAAGACCGGCAUGCUGUGGUUCCUGAGAAAUAAGCGUGCUUCUUUUUUGGGAGAGGGGGUUGGGACUGUUGACUUUAGUGGGAACAAAUUUGGUUGUGAUAUACAUAAUGAUUGUAAUAGAGAUGAUGAUGGAUGGUGGGGGUGCCUGUCUUAUUAAUCUUAUCAAUUCUUUUCAACUAUUAGUUGUAGUGUGUUACUCGGUGGAAAGUUGAUAUUACAUGCAUUGUCUUGCAAUCAUGGAAAACACUGUUGCUUAAA